UGCCUCCCGUCAACGCGCGACACGCGCUCCAGACGUCAACACGUCUCACCAACUCCCAUAAAAAGACAGCAGUAGAAGCAGGGUAGGUUCUAUCUGGUUCGACGGCAUCGCGUUCAGGUUAAGCAAAAACGGCGAUGCUAUAUUCUGGAAUGCGAAAGGACUGCGGCAGGAACGACAUGGAGAUCAGGGAGGCUGCCGCUCUGAGACAGCAGCGGAGGAUGAAACAGACGGUCCAGUUCAUCCACAAGGACUCGGCCGAUCUCUUGCCUUUGGACGGACUGAAGAAACUUGGAACCUCCAAGGAAAUGCAACCACACACCAUUCUUCAGAGACGGUUGCUGGAGACCAAUUUGUCAAGGUGCAGGCUAAACAACCGUGGAACGAGACCUGCAAACAAUGGAGUUGUGUUGCAGAACAAUAGCUUUAACCAGGGCAAACAGGAGAGCAUUAAGCAACCUGAGGAAGAGGACCUCAUUUUUGUGUGCUGCAAGUGCUCUGGGUGGGAAUUGAAGAUCUUGAUUGACACUGGUUGCCAGCUGAACCUCAUGUCCACUGCCUGUGUGGAGAAGCUUGGCUUAAAGGACAAGGUCAACCUGAAUAAAACAGCAAUGGACUCCCUCCCAUUUCAGCGUGACCUUGAAGCCAUGGGACAGAUUGACAAAGUCAGCCUUGAGAUUGGACAAAUGAAGAUUGAAUGUGCAGUGACAGUUGUGGAAAAUGACAGGUCCUUCAUCUCCCUUGGCAACAGAACCUUGAAGUCACUGAAGUGUGUCAUUGAUACAGAAAAGCAAAUUUUGGUGCUGGGCAGAAUGGAGAAGGAGCAGGUCCAUUUUGUUGAUGGUGAAAAUGGAUCAAGGGACAACAGCUCUCCGGGAGUCUGAGAAUUCUAAUCUUCUCAUCAAGCUGCACAGCUAAUAGAUUGGGAAGUUGCUCACAUCCGGAACAAAAUGACAGCUGCUGCUUGCAAUCUGUGCAUAGAAGCUUAAUUAGAAAUCACACAGCCAGGCCCCAAAUGACAUUCCAGUGUCACACUAGGUAAUCCUUCCGUUGCAGUCCUUCGUGACCUCAGUACCUUAAUUGCUGUCAACUCCUGCCUUGGUCUUGGUUAAGUUUGCAUUGCGGCCAUUUCAGUGAUGUUGCUUCACUGCAGUGAUAGAAUCCUGGUAUACCUGUGCAAAACACGUAUGUUUUUUUGAUGACUUCUCCUUCAUUUUAUCUCACUAACUGCUGAAAUGUGAAUGCCUUGGACAAAUUUACCCUAACCUAUUUUAAAAGGAGUUUUGCACACCUCUAUGUAUGACAUUUUUUGUUUUUCUAAUGGGGGAAAAAUUUACAUUUGAAUUUCAUAACACCAACACAGAUGCCCAAUGAUAAACUACUUAGAGUCCAGACAUUAAUGCUUAAGACUUACUGUCACCAAAUAUAGGAAAAAGUGUGUGUUAUACAAAUUAUUAGAAUCUAUCUGUAAAAGUGUGUAUACUAGGUGACACACUCCUGUUCUGUAUUUUUAA